AUGUGCUUCCAUAAUUGCUUGAGAAAAUAAAAAAUGGAAAAUUAAAUUAUUUUUGGGAUAACUGCAAUUAUGGUGAUUUCAACAAUAUUUAUUGGGAUUGCCUUUCUUAUUUAGAAUAUACUGUUGUUUAAAAUGAUAUAAGCUUCAUCAUCUAUAAUUUUUAUUAGACAAGAAAAUAAUUCGAUUUAAAACCUUGGCUAAUCAAUCAAACAAUAUUUUAUUAGAAAACACGAACAAUGUAAAAAAUAGUUUAUAAUUAGACAUCUAUAGAUUGAAUAACAUAAAUAAAUUAUUUCAAUAUUAUUCUGAUAUUGAACUAAAGCUGAAGAAAAUGGAUUAAUUGGAGCGUUGCCUUUAUUAAGAUGAGAUAAAUGGCAGUUUCUUUCGUUAUUCUGCAGCCUAAUUUUGCUAUUAAGCUUGUGGAUCGAGCGAUCAUUUUACAUUACCUUAAGACGAUAAAACCAUAGAGAUUUUUAAUUAAACAACAUAAAUUUUGAAUUAAUUCACCAUCAGUUUUCCAGUAACAUUAGAAUCUAUAUUAUCAUAUGCGGAUCUAUCAGACACACAAUUUUAUUCUGCUUAUCCCUUAGCAUACUCAGUCAAAGGCUAUUAACCAAAGAAAAGAUUAUGGUACACUAAUCACGUAUAAUAAAUGAAGUUAAACCCUAACAGCGAAUUUUUCUAUUCACCUGCCUAUUUGGUUGUCCAUCUUAAGACUUAUGCUAUUUCAUUAACUCACACUCUAUUUAAUUCAAAGAGGGAAAGUAUUGGAAUGGCUUAAUAAAUGAUUUAAUUAAUCGAUUCAGCCAUUCAAGAUCUUCCUUAUAACGCCUUAAUAAUAAACAAGGAAGGUUAGUUGGUAUUAAAUGCAGCUGAUUUUGAAUAUGACUCCAAAAACAUUAAUUACAUUUAUAACCAAUCAUUGACAGGUUUUAAUGAAAGUGAUUGGGAGUUUAUGCAAGAACUGUCAAAGAAUAAGAGUAAUUUAGGAAAUUGUAAUGAUUUUACAAACGUGUACUGUUUAUAUGAUAAGUUGUACAACUCUACAAUUAUUUUAUUUACAACUCAAUUGAAAAAUGAAAAUUUUACUAUUUUAUUGUAAUAAUAUAUUGAUGAUAAUAUAGAUAUACAAAUUUCACUUUGUAACAACAAGUUAAUGAGCAAAUGGAAUUACUGUAAAUAGGCUUGGUUGAAGUUGUAAAAAGAAUUUGUUUUGAACACUUGGGAUCAAUAGUUGUAAUCACAGCAGUUUCGUGGUUGGUAGUGAGGAUGUUGUUUUUGCCUCUAAAAUAUUUGAUGAAAAGCAUUAAAAAUCAUAUUUUAUAAAUUGGAAACAAUCUGAAUAGAGAAAUGUUUAAGAUGCUUCACAUUUCUAAAAGAAGAAGAGUGAAUACUUUUUCAAAAUUAACAUUUGAGAUAUUGAAAUUUUAGGAUAUAUUGAACACUAUUAAGACUCAAAGAAAUCCAAUAUGCAAUUAAAUAGAAAAGUUUCAAUAUAAGUUUAAGACUGAAGGAGAGAGGAAUAUCAAUUUAUUUAUUGAUGAAAUUUUCUUUUAAAAAUUUGACUAGUAAAAUGAGUUGAAUGAAAAGAAACUAUAUCUCUUAUGCAAAUAGUUAAUUCAUGAAUAAUAUAAUUAUCAAAAUCAUUAUAAUUGA